AAAACCAGUUUUCAAAAUAGCCUCAAUGUUGGUGUUCAAGGCUGUUUACAGAGCAGUAGUUUCUGUUUUUAUUUCACCUUAAAAUGUUUCCAUGCUUUGUUUUUAGAUGCCAGUGAAAGCAGGUGCCAGCAGGUGAAGACACAAUUUGGAGUUGGCCUGAGAUCUGGGAGAGAAAAUCACCUCCGGCUUCUUGACGGAACCCCUUCUCUCCAGUCAUGUUGGGCUGCCUGCUGCCAGGACUCUGCCUGCCACGCCUUUUGGUGGUUAGAAGGGAUGUGCAUUCUGGCAGACUGCAGCAGGCCCCAGAGCUGCUGGGCUUUUAGGACAGACUCUUCCAAAUCCAUGCUGGUGUUCUUAAAAAAAUUCCAAACCACAGAUGAUUUGGGCUUUCCACCUGAGGCUGAUGUACCACAUAUUCUGGGACUAGGUUGGAGCAGAGCAUCUUGGAGGAGGCAGAGCCCACCCAGAGCUCCACUCAGACUGACUGUAUCUUCCAGUGAGCAGCAAAGCUUAAUCAGGAAGCUUUGGAAGAGAGAGAGUCCCAGUGAAGAAAUAGUUACUUCUGUAGUCACAAGGCAUUCUGAAAUGAAUGACUCCAAAGCACUAGGUGAUCUGAAUACCAGUGGCUCUGCAGAGGUCCACAAGGCAGUUACAAUUUCCAGUCCCUUAACCACAGUCCUGACUGCAGAGAUUCCUGGUUGGUCAAAGAAUGUGUCAGUCCAGCCUGAGACAUCUGAGGAUCCUGGUACUACACCUAGCACUCAGCAAGUAAAAAGCCCUGGGCGAAUCCAGAUUGCCACCCCUGAGCCAGUGGCUCCCUCCUACAGUUAUGCCACCCCCACCCCCCAGGCAUCUUUGCAGAGCACCUCAGCAUCACACCCAGUUACAAAGGAACUGGUCGUAUCUGCUGGAGAGAGUGUCCAGAUUAUCCUGCCUAAGAAUGAAGUUAAAUUAAAUGCAUAUGUACUCCAGAAACCACCUGAAGGAGAAACCUACACCUACGACUGGCAGCUGAUUACUCAUCCUAAAGACUACAGUGGAGAAAUGGAAGGGAAACAUUCCCACCUCCUCAAACUCUCCAAGCUUACUCCAGGCCUGUAUGAAUUCAAAGUGAGUGUAGAUGGUCAGAAUGCCCACGGGGAAGGCUAUGUGAAUGUAACGGUACAACCAGAGCCCCGUCAGAAUCAGCCUCCUGUUGCCAUUGUGUCACCACAGUUCCAGGAGAUCUCCCUGCCAACCACUUCAACAGUCAUUGAUGGCAGCCAAAGCACUGAUGAUGAUAAAAUUGUCCAGUACCACUGGGAAGAACUUAAGGGACCUCUGAGAGAAGAGAAGAUUUCUGAAGAUACAGCCAUAUUAAAACUAAGUAAGCUCGUCCCUGGGAACUACACUUUCAGCUUGACUGUAGUAGACUCUGAUGGGGCUUCUGACUCCACCACUGCAAGCCUGACCGUGAACAGAGCUGUGGAUUACCCCCCGGUGGCCAAUGCAGGCCCCAUCCAAGUGAUCACCUUGCCUCAGAACUCCAUCACCCUGUUUGGGAACCAGAGCACUGAUGAUCACGGCAUCGCCAGCUAUGAGUGGUCACUCAGCCCGAGCAGCAAAGGGAAAGUGGUGGAGAUGCAGGGUGUUAGAACACCGAUCCUGCAGCUCUCUGCCAUGCAAGAAGGAGAUUACACUUACCAGCUCACAGUGACUGACACAAUAGGACAGCAGGCCACUGCUCAAGUGACUGUUAUUGUACAGCCUGAAAACAACAAGCCUCCUCAGGCUGAUGCAGGCCCAGACAAAGAGCUGAUCCUUCCUGUGGACAGCACUACCCUGGAUGGCAGCAGAAGCUCAGAUGAUCAGAAAAUUAUCUCAUAUCUCUGGGAAAAAACACAGGGCCCUGACGGGGUGCAGCUUGAGAAUGCUAACAGCAGUGUCGCCACUGUGACAGGGCUGCAAGUGGGAACCUACGUGUUCACCCUGACUGUCAAAGAUGAGAGGAACCUGCAAAGCCAGAGCUCUGUGAAUGUCAUUGUCAAAGAAGAAAUAAACAAACCACCUGUAGCCAAGAUAAGCGGGAAUGUGGUGAUUACCUUGCCCAUGGACACAGCGGAGCUGGAUGGCUCCAAGUCCUCAGACGACAAGGGGAUAGUCAGCUAUCUCUGGACCCGUGAUGAGGGGAGCCCAGCGGCAGGGGAGGUGUUAAAUCACUCUGACCACCACCCCAUCCUUUUCCUUUCCAACUUGGUCGAGGGAACCUACACAUUUCACCUGAAAGUGACUGAUGUGAAGGGCGAGAGUGACACAGACCAAAGCACUGUGGAGGUGAAACCUGAUCCCAGGAAAAACAACCUGGUGGAGAUCAUCUUGGAUGUCAGCGUCAGUCAGCUAACUGAGAGGCUCAAGGGGAUGUUCAUCCGCCAGAUUGGGGUCCUCCUGGGGGUGCUGGAUUCCGACAUCAUUGUGCAAAAGAUUCAGCCGUACACGGAGCAGAGCACCAAGAUGGUAUUUUUUGUUCAAAAUGAGCCUCCCCACCAGAUCUUCAAAGGCCAUAAGGUGGCAGCGAUGCUCAAGAAUGAGCUGCAGAAGCAAAAGGCAGACUUUCUGAUAUUCGGCGCACUGGAGAUCAAUACUGUCACGUGCCAGCUGAACUGUUCUGACCAUGGCCACUGUGAUUCAUUCACCAAACGCUGUAUCUGCGACCCUUUUUGGAUGGAGAAUUUCAUCAAAGUGCAGCUGACGGAUGGAGAAAGCAACUGUGAGUGGAGUGUGCUGUACGUCAUCAUCGCCUCCUUUGUCAUUGUGGUCGCCUUGGGAGUCCUGUCCUGGACUGUGAUCUGUUGUUGUAGGAGGCAAAAAGGAAAACCCAAGAGGAAAAGCAAGUACAAGAUGCUGGAUGCCACAGAUCAAGAAAGCCUGGAACUGAAGCCAACCUCCCGAGCAGGAAUCAAACAGAAAGGCCCAGCGCUGAGCAGCAGCCUGAUGCACUCUGAGUCGGAGCUAGACAGCGACGAUGCCAUCUUCACAUGGCCAGACCGGGAGAAGGGCAAACUCCUGCAUGGUCAGAAUGGCUCUGUGCCCAACGGGCAGACCGCGCUGAAGACCAGGAGCCCACGGGAGGAGAUCUUGUAGCCUCCUGGCCUGUCCCCUCAGGGUUGGGGUGGGCAGUACCAGGGCCCAGAGCAUCUACAGGCUGGUUCUCGUACCUCCCAUGUCUGUGGCAGCUGUUCUCCCAGCACCUGCUGGUCACUCCACCCUGGCACCCCCACCAGGGCUGCUGGUACUUGAACCCAGAGACAUUCUCUGGGAACCCUUGAACGAAGCUGUGAACCAAGAGUUUUUCUUUAAACCCAUCCAUAACUCCUCCACCCCCUGAAUGUCCCUACCUCAGGGCCUCCUUUAUUGCAAACCUCUCCCCUGCUGCAAGGGCGGGCACAGCCAGCUCUGACCUUCCCUCCAUCUCCCUUCUGGCCUGGCUGUGCCCCACCUCGCUCGCUGCAGAACCAAGCAAAGCCAGCCCCUGCGCAAGAGCCUGCCUGUGGGCAGCACUCUGUUCUCCUAUUUGAGGAGCACACCUGUUGCUGGGUCCAGAGGAAGUGGGCCCCCUCUCUCCUUACCACCUAUAUGCUAGGCUGGUACUGCAGAAUUGGGUCUGGCCCAAGAAAAGGGAAUUGCUGGCUGGCCGAGGAAUGGAGGGGGCCCCAUCAGCUGCUGGGCUGUUGUGACAGAGCAGCUAGGCCAGACGCAGACUAUCUCCCCUCUUCUUCUCACCAGUCUGCUGCUCCCGGGCUCAGGCCACCAUGUCAUGUGUCCGGAGGAGACAGCCACAAAUGGACUGGAGCGUUGUGGCAUGAGAGUGCAUGUGUGCGACUGCCCUGCUGCAGUCUCCUGGGUCUGCCUGUCGUCUUCUCUCGUUCUUUGCAUGUGUGUGUGUUAGAGUGUGUGUGCAUUGGCUCCUUGGAACAGAGAUUCCUGAGUCCCUCUGGCCCUGACUGAUGUCUGGGUAUCUGGGUGUUGAGGAGAGGAACUUCGGGGAGUCACUUUUUAAAAAGAAACUUAGAGUUUACACUACUACACUACUGUCUGUUGUGAGAUGAUUAAACAUGGUAUUUAAUUGUA